AUGAGGCUCGCUGCCUAUGCUGGAACCUCCGCGCUGGUGGCAGCCGGUGCUCUACUGAAGGCUUUCCACCAGCGGCCCAACUUCUACUCGGCCACCGUCUAUCUGUCGCAGAGCAAUGCCUGUGUUCUUAUUCUCACCAACCUCGCUCUGGUAACCGCCUGCAGCUUCAUCUAUGGCCUCCAACGUCUCUUCUAUGGCCCCCUCCGCCCCGUCGAGAUUGAGCAUCUUUCGGAAAAGGCUUGGUAUGCCGUCCUCGACACCCUCCUGGCAAUGCCCUCGUUGAGGGAUGAGGUUGGAGGAUGGAUGCUCGCUGUCUUUGUGCUGCUAUUAGCUGGCAAGGUCUGGAGCUGGAUCGGCGAAGGUCGUGUUGACAUACUCGAGCAACAACCGCCACAGAACCCCCGCCUCUUCCACGCACGUCUCGCUUCAUCAUUACUCUUGUCUACCGCAUUCAGCUCUGGCAUGCUACGAUACUGCAUUGCCAUUGUCAAGGACGACCCUCGCCCGGGAAUGAUGGUCAUCUUCACCUUCGAAUUCGCCAUUCUUUUGAUCUUCUCCCUGUUCAGCCUCUUCCGCUACAUCCUGGCUUUGGUGGAAGCACGUAUAUUACAGCUGCAGACAAAAGCCAAGAUGGAUGAACGGAGAGCAGAGAUCCGCACAGAAAGAGAACGUCUGGAACGCGAGCGCGAAGAAUCAACAGAUCCGGAUAGUCUUCCUCCUUUGCCGAGUGAAGAAGACGUGGAUGAAAACGAGAUUGAUGUUCCAGGCUGGGAAGACAAGCGUCGCUGGCUAUUCGGCCUGGAGCUUGCGACAGACUUUGUCAAGCUCAUCAUCUACACCAUCUUCUUCGGAAUCUCCUUGACCUUCAUGGGACUGCCCAUGCAUAUCAUACGCGACGUCUACCUGACCUUCGCGUCAUUUGUUAAGCGAGUCAAGGACUACAACAACUACCGCAAGGCAACUCAGAACAUGAACAGCCGAUACCCGGAUGCCACCAGCGAAGAAUUGACAAACGACAAUACCUGUAUUGUUUGUAGAGAGGUCAUGGUGCCGUGGGGCCAGCCAGACGCCGCGGGGCAAGCCCCUAGACCCAGCCUCAUCAAUGAGGGUAUGCGUGCGAAGAAGCUACCAUGUGGUCACAUUCUUCAUUUGCGCUGCCUCAAGGCCUGGCUCGAGCGACAGCAAGCAUGUCCCACUUGUCGCCGCCCGGUCAUUCCUACUGGUGCUUCUACCACUAAUGGCGCAGGAGCUGGUAAUCAGAAUGCAGACGGUGGUGCUAAUGGCGAUGCACAGCAAGGAGGUAAUGCUCAGGGAGGUGCUCCCAAUGCGGAUAAUAAUAACAACGGCAACCGACCAGCUCAGCCUAGAUUGCGCAUGCUUAACCUCGGUCCGAUCCGCAUUGGUGUCUACAAUGGACCUGCCAACCGCGUACAAGACGCUCUGAACCAGCGACGUGCACAGCAGAACGGCACUCCCACUGGUAAUGCGACACCUGCUGUCACCCCAGGCCUUGGUGGCUUGGCUGGUGCAAGAUCGGUCGAUACUCAAUUCCAAUUCCUGCAGAUAGAAGAGCGUCUGCUGCAAGAGACACGUCGCUUGCAAAUUGAGCAGACUCAGCUUGCAACCGUGCGUGCCUUGGAAGCAGAGUUGGCCAGACUUCGCGCCCAUUACAGCAAUAACCAGGCUGGGCAGGGUCUUCCUGGUUCUUCGACGGUUGCAAGACCGGCAAUGCCUAACACCUUCCCACCCCCUAAUAUGAUGGGACCUGGCGCUGGUUUCAUGUCACCGCAAGCAUUUCAACCCGGUGCAGGACAGGAACCGAUGACCCAGGGGCACGAAGCGCUACCGCCUGGUCUCGUAUUACCUGAAGGCUGGACUCUCACACCUCUUAAUAGAGUCGAGGGCACUGCACAGCUCGGUGGUGGUAUGCCACAGACACAACCUCCAGUACCUACGCCUACAGUGACGAUUCCAGCACCUGAAGUUCCGGCCCAGGAGAGUGAAAGCGAACAAUCGACAGCCCUGGCUCAACAACAAGAGACUGAGCAAUCAACGGGCACGGGUGUUUCGGAGGCUUUGGUUCCCAGCCAAUCUACCCAGGAUAAUGAGAUAGUUCCCGUGGGACCUCCUCAAGCAGGCUCUUCUGGACCCAGUGAGGUGAUGUCAUCUCCAUCGCCUCAACAGGGUGCCUCUUCGCAGAGUCAGGCCGAACAGCCAGACGCCCCAAGCAUUGAUGUUCAAGCCGAAUCUGCUGAGCACGCUACUAUGGAAGCCCCAGUUCAGUCAGUUCCCAGCCCGCUAACCACUGAAACUAACGGAUGGGGAGGAAGCUCGAGCUGGAACUUUGACAAUGUCCAAGGCGAAAGCAGCAGCGAGCAGACAGCCACCGAAGAACAAGACCAACCAGCUGACAAAGGCAAGGGCAAGGCGGUAACGAUGGAGGAUGUGGAGGACGCAGAGCAGUAG